AACGCAUUCUUAACUAUAAUCCUCACUACAAACAAUUAAUGGGUCAAAGAUGGCGGAAUUUUUAUUAAAAUUUAAUUAGGAAAAACUCUAUUUCCUGCGCAAACAGUUAGUUAUUUAAGAUUAAAUUGUGACAAUGGCAGACAACCAGCAACAACAAUCAUCCCAGCAACCACAGCAGCAACAACAACAACAGGUAACUGCUGUGGCACAACAACAACAACAACAACAGACUGUACAGAGACAGGUUUCCCAGACAUCAGUGGCACAGAGCCAGGCGUCAGGACAAGUCAGUACUCCACAGGCCAUACAGCCACAGCCACAACAGAAUAUUCAACCACAGCCCCAGCAACAGAGUAUACAACCCCAGCAACAGUCACAACAACAAAAUGUUCAACAACAGCAACAACAACAACAGACAAUACAACAACUGCCCCAGUUACAACAGAUAGCACCUCAGCAACAGCAGCACUUGUUACCAAACUUACAGACCAUUACGUCAUUACCUAACUUACAGACAAUGACGUCGGUGCCACUCAGCAUGGCCAUGGCUGGUAAUGCCAUGAAUGGAGGGAUGACCACCACAAACUUACGACCACAGCUUGCUCAGUUACCACAGGUUCAGGUGAUUCAUCAAGCCAUGCACAGCCCUUCCUUCAUGCCACAGUUUGCAUAUAACCAACAACAACAACUUAUGCUGCAGAAUAUGCAAGCAGCCAUGCAGGCAAAUGUUAUGAGUAUGAACCCUCAACAGAUCAACAUGGCCAACAUGGUGGCUAUGCAAGGAAGGCCAAACACUGGUAUGUUCACCCCAGCUGCAGCAGCCCAGACUCCCACCACACCUACAACACCUAACAUAAUGAAUAUUUCAUCUGGAAGUAAUACACUGGUUACCAGCUCAUCCACGGCCAGUACCAAUGCUGUCAAACCAACCAUAUCUAAUGUUGCUAAGCAACAGUCGUCACAGUCAACACAACAACAACAGCAACAACAACAGCAACAACAAAGUAAUAUUCAGCAACAGAAUCAGGGUCAGCAGCAACAACAACAACAACUUCAUGCUCUGAAUCAGGUACAGCAGGCCCAGGCAACUGCUAUGAUUGGAGGGAAACCAAUUAUUCUAGGUCAAGCUGGUUCCCUAUUACAGGGUCAGAUAGGUGUGAUUUCUGCCGGGCAGUUACAAACAACACAGGCAUAUGCUACUGGUCAAACAUUCGGACAAAUACAGUCGAAACCAGGUCAGCAGAUUAGUAUGGCAACCAAUUCAGGUCAAGGUCAGGUACAGCUAAAUAGUUCCCAGAGUCCAAUGCGAUUCUCACAGCCGCAGUUACUGGUUAGUAACGCUGGUAACGCGCAGCUGAUCUCGUCACAACCUGUGUUUACUAACCAGAUGUUACAGGCUAUGUCCCAGUUACAGCAUUACCCUCAGCAACCAAUGAUAUCAGCACAAGGUCAGACUCCCACAAUUAUAUCUGGUCAAGGGUUAUAUAUAAGGUCAGCUAAUCCAGUGCAGGCACAAGGUUUGGUCACUGGUGUACAGACGGCAAUGAAUUCUAACUUUAAAAACCCAAACCAACAGACACUUCAGACUGUGGCUGUGCCAAUACAGAAACAAACUACGGCAGCUCAGACUGGUAAAGUGCUUCUGCCGUCAGUCUCGAAACCUGUGACCGCCAAAGUACCGCCCACCAGUAUGACCGGCACGGCCAAGACCGGUACCCAGACAAUGCCCAAACCUAAAGGGAGACCAAAGGGAACUGGGAAAUCAUCACCUGCAGUAACUGUAACAGCAACAAAUCAAGUCAAAUCUGACCCUGUCCAGUCUCCCUCUAAACCUUCAACACCAACCAUCAGUCUCCCUAUAUUUGGGUCACAUGACAACAAGAGCCAAUCAGAUUCUGAGGUAGAGAGGAAAUCAACCAAUGAGGAGGCUCCGUCUGAAGAUAUUGACAUCUCAGCUGGUAGUGAAAAAAUUGAAGCUAAACAGAUAGAAAUGGAGGUAAAGGAAGUGCCUGUGGUUGUGGAACUGGAUCACAAGCCAGUCUCGAUACCUGACCACCCUGUGGAGAAACAGCGUGCCAUUGUUAAACCCCACAUUCUAACCCAUGUUAUAGAGGGAUUUGUUAUACAAGAAGGCCCGGAGCCAUUCCCAGUUCAAAGGUCAUCAUUAUUGACCGAGUUUAUUCCACCAAAGCCAGGUCAGCCGGUGGAACAAUCAUCGUUGAUCUCGAUGGACGAGGCAGACAUGGAGGAUGAUGAUGAUACGAGUCAUGAGGAGCAAGGUCCGCUAAUGGGACAGAAAUCAUUGCGAUGUGAAUACUGUAGCAGCAUUUAUAACAGCUCUAAUUCGGCUCAGAGGUUUUGUUCGAAAUCUUGCGCUAAACGUUACAAUGUCGGCUGUACCAAACGGCUUCACCAUUUUCCAGGAAGGCCUAAAGAUAAGGGAGGAAGAAUUUUGAAAAGGAAAAGAAAAGGCAAGAAAGGUUGGCAUGGUAACAGACUACAGAGCUCUAGUUCAAUGGGUGCAGCUGAUGUUGAUAUGGAUGAUCAGAGUAGUUCACUAAGCCAAGAAGACACGCCUUCUCCAUCAACUUCACCGGACCAUAAUCUACAGACUCCGCCCCCUGAGUUACAGAUGGAGGGAGAGUACAUUCAGCCACUUACAAGUCCUACAAAAUGGAAUGUGAUGGAAGUAUACGAGUUUAUAAAGAAUCUCCCAGGCUGCGGCAUGUAUGCCGAGGAAUUUAGGUCGCAAGAGAUUGACGGGCAGGCAUUACUCUUACUUAAAGAAGAUCAUUUAAUGACAACGAUGAACAUGAAACUUGGACCUGCUUUAAAAAUAUGUGCUAGAAUUAAUACCAUUAAAGAGGAGACUGGUUGAAAAAAAGAAAAAAGUACGAGAGAUUGUGCUCAGUGGAAAAAAUGGAAGCUAGAUCAUUGAAAUGGAGUAUGGCUAAUUGUUUCUACCAAAUCAAAAAAAGAUUUUAAUCUUUGAAUCAAGGCUACAUGAAUGUUUUAUAAACAAAGAGAUCUAGCUAUAUAUUUGAUAUCUACAUAGAAAAAUAGCAGUACUAAUGUUAUUUGUUGUGUACAUCUGUACAGAAAACUCUCUGUACAUGAUGUAUUUUUGUGUAAAUCUGUACAGAAAACUGUAGAAUAUGUCAUGUGCAUCAGUACAGAAAAUAGGGUUAUGUACAUCUGUACAGGAGAACUGGUGGUGCAUAUUAUAUUCUGUGUACAUCUGUGUAAAAAAAAAACUGUCAUAUCAAUUAUUUUUGCAUAGACUGACAGUACACGUUUUACUUUGUGUGCAUUUUUACCGGAAACAGGCAAUAGAUGUUAUGAGCAACUGCAUGCUGUACAUGUUAAAUCUUAUGUACAUCUGCACAGAAAACUUGAAGUACAUGUUAUACAUGUAUCUUGUUUACAGAAAACUUGUACAUGUUACAUCUAAUGUACAUCUCUAUAGAAACUGAUAGUACAUGUUAUAUUUAGUGUACAUCUGCACAGUAUUUUUGCUAUAUAUAUUUUUUGCUUCAAAUAUUACAAUAUUUGUUGUACAGAAAUCUGUAGUAUUUGCACAUUAUAUUUGAAUAAUCACAGUUGUAUGAAAAACUGAAUGCAUAUCCUCUGUAUGAAGAAGUACAGUUACUGUUGUACGAAAAGCUGCCUGUAUAAGUUGUUACCAAGUUUCUGACUGAUGCUUUGUG